AUGGGUAUUCGAGGUUUACAAACGUUUAUUGAACAAAAAUUAAGUUUACUACAUGAUAUUGAAUUACACAAUUGUAAUGUUUUAUUUGAUGGUAAUUCAAUUUACCAUCAAAUGUAUAAAGAAUGUCAUUUGACUUGUUUAUUUGGUGGUGAAUAUGAUAAAUUUUAUCGUUAUUGUAAACAAUUAUUUGAAUCAUUUCGUAUUUGUCAAAUAAACGUUAUUGUUGUAUUUGAUGGUGCUCGAUUAGAUGAUCGAAAAUUAUCUACAGUACUUGAACGAUCACAAAGACGUGUUGACUAUUCAACUCAAACUAGUGUCAAUAUUGAUUUAAGUCCAUUAUUAUUACGGCAAACAUUUAUUAAUGUACUUGAUGAAAUGAACAUUCCAUAUAUAUCAGCAUUAGGUGAAGGUGAUGAUGAAUGCGUUUCAUUAGCAAAUCAUCUUGAUUGUUAUUUAAUAGCACGUGAUAGUGACUAUUAUUGUUAUAAUCUUUCAAAAGGUUACGUACCAUUUGAUUAUGUUGAUAUAAAUCCAAUUGAAAAAAAUUCAUAUUAUUAUUUAUCUGCUCAAUUAUUUACAAUAGAUUCAUUACUUGAAAAAUUUGUUGGUUUAAAUCAUUCUACUCUUUCACUUGCUUUUUGUUUAUGUGGAAAUGAUUAUAUUAAUGGAAAUACGCUUGAACCAAUACUCAAUCAUAUUUCUACGACGGUAGAAAAAUCAGAAAAAAAUAAAAUUAGUAAAAAUAAUAAAACAAAACAUUGGUUUGUUUUACAAUGGAUGAGACAUUUUGAUGAUGUUGAAAUUGCACUAGAAAAAUUACUCCAACCUAUUGCAAAAACAUUGAAAAAGAAAACUGAAAUGCAACUUCGAUUAGCACUUCAAUCUUAUAUAAAUCCAUCGGAUACACUUAUUUAUCGUUUUGCUUUGUUGAAGAAUGAAAAUCUUCUUAAAAAUGCUUAUUUUGCUCAAUUAGCUCGAGAAUACCUUGAUAAACUUGACAUGAAUGACGAACAAAUUCGUAUUCAUAUUGAAAAUACUCUCUCGGAAAUAAAAAGCAAAAACAACUGUCCAAUUCCAGCAUUUUUACUUGAUAGUUUAACUGAUCUUCAUUUAUCAAUAACAUUUAUUGAAAUUCUUAUUCAUCGUAGUUUUAUUUGUGCUGCACAUGUUGAACUUGAACGAGAACCAUCUAUAUUUGUUGAUGCAAUACCAAUUGUUUUACCAUGUCUAGCAAUUUUACUUAAAUGGGAUAAUGAAGAAGAUGAUAAAAAUAUUAUUCUUUAUCAUCGUGUUCUUAAACAACUUAAACGAUGUAAAUAUGAUCUCACUGACUAUGAUGAAGUGAUUGAUCUAAAUUAUUUGAAUUCUUUAUCAACUAUGGAACGUCAAGAUUUUGUUUCAAAGUGUUUAAAGAUGUCAUCCACACAACGAGAACAAUAUAAUCAUAUCCAUACAGAUUAUCAUUUUUGGUUAAUGAGCAUCCGCUAUUGGUAUUCUAUUCGUCAUCUUACACCUGUUUAUCUUUAUGCUAUAAUUAUUUCUUUAAUAAAAUCUAUUCAUUUAAUUAAUACUGAUACUUUUCAAUCAGAAGAUAUUGAACCAUUAACAAUAUCAAUAAAUGAUAAUCGAAAUCAUACACAAAUUGAUCCAAUUAUACGUCGUACAAUUGCUUUAAAAUUAAACGAGAUGUCAAAAAAAGUGUAUGAUUUUAAAAAAUUCGAUUGUAGUAUUAUACAUGAAUUUAAUUGUCUACAAACAAUAUUUAUGUAUAGUACACAUGUUAAUGAAUUUCUUAAUCGACCAUUUAGUUAUGAAAUUUUUCCACAUCAUUUUUUAUGUGGAUCAUUUUUCUAUGCAUUUGUUGAACAUUAUGAAACAAAAAAGAAUUUAUCUGAUGCAUUAAGUAAUCUUUUUCAAAAAGAAACAAAACUUUUAAAAAUUAUUGAUAAUUUAUUUAUGACUAUUACGUCAGAUAUUGAUUAUUAG